ACCCCUCCCAGCUGACUGGUAGGCUAUCAAGGAGCUUUAAUGCAGCUGCAGCUCUUCAUUCACAUGCUGAGAGGAGCAGUGGAUCACCACCAGAGGAGGAGACUUUUUUUUUCUUGCAGGGAAAAAAAAACAAAGCAAAAGAAACAGCCAGCCCCAUUUUUAAUCGCAUUUCGUCUCAGUUUCUUCUCUCUUUGAUGCACACUGAGGGAUUCUCCAGCUACCUGUAAACGUUAAUGUGGGGAAAGUGCUGCCCUGGAUGCAGACUGAGAGGAUUGCGGCAAUCCAAAGCAACUUGAAUGAUCGGCUUUCAGCAGCAGCAGCAGCAGCCUCUCAUUGUAUGAAAUGCGUCACCGCGAUCCGGUUCACACAUUUCAUCUCUUAACUCACGGAUUGUUUUAUUCGCCAUCUGCUUCAUCGGGUAACCACAUGCGCGCGCCGGUGUCCCCGCGCUGAUCCCAGAGAGCACGAAGGGUAUCAGGGGUCAGUGAGACAGGAGAGCUCGGGGCGGGGGAAACAAGUAGGACCGGAUGACGUCUAGAACCGCCGAGGCCUCUGGGCUGAUGGCGCCUCCGCAACGCUGCCACGGAGGGCUCCACGCCAGCAACGGCACCUGCGCGGAGCAGCUCAGCAUCUUCCCGCCGCUCUCUUCCACCCUCGCGCUCCUCGUGCUGGUGGCGGUGCUCGUGGGGAUCAUCCUCGUUUCCCUGGCAACGUUCCACUUCCACAAGAGGAAGCUCCGGAACAGGAAGAUCCAGCGCGCGCAGGAGGAAUACGAACGCGACAGUCGUAGCCCCUCACGCGCUGCUCCGCGCGCAGGGGAACCAGCGAGGCCGUGCGUCAUCGUCCGACCGGUGCGGCGUGAUGAGAAGCCCUCCACCCAGAGCGUGGACAGCGAGGACAAACAGACAGUUCCUCUUGACUGUUAACUCCGAGAAACUUCAGGGAACGAGACUGUGGAAUAAACUGGAAAAGCAAUAAGGCACAAAGAACCCCCCUCCCCCCAAUCAUCGCUGCUUGUAGGUGACUUAGAUACAUUAGGGAUAGAUAGCAGAAUACUGAGCAGAUUAAUAGAUAUAACACUGCAGUGACGUGCAGCAAACCUUCAUUUCAGCAUUUCACUAGUUAAAGGCCAGACUACAACAGCAUUAGACCAAGCAGAUCUGGGUAUGGGUUUAUCUGAAGCCGAGGUUCAUCAUGAGUCAAUCAAGAUCAUCAAGAAGAUGGAUGUUUUAAAUGGAUCCAGUUAAGGAUCCCAUCAGAUACAAUGGAAGAGAGGACAAAUCAGUACUGAAGUGUGGAAAGAAGACUAAGGACCAUCAAGGAAGAUGAUGUGCUGGAUUGGUAUCAUUUAAAACAAUUUAACUGAAUUGGGGCGUAUAUGAAAUGUUUUGUUAUGGACAAGUUUUGUACAGCACUGUAAGAUUAGCUUAGCUGUUAGUUGGUAUUAUUAAAUGUUUUCGAAAGGGAAAAGAACGGAGAACGGAACAGAAAGAGGCAUGAAGACAAUGAGUGGGAUAGAAAGUUGUCCUUAUGAGACAUUGAGCAGAUGGGGGGGGGUUGGGGUGAGUGGGAUGAGAUCCGAUAGGUAUGAUAAGAUUUAUAAGAUGAGAAAGGGAUUUAUAAUGAAGCAUGUGCUAGCUGUGGGAGGGAGGUGAUGAGAAUGAUUAUGAGGUUGGAAGAGAAUUCGUAGGUUGUGAAGAGGUCAUGACCAGGCAGAGAGGGGCUUACUUAUGUGACAGUGGGAUCAUAGAUGUACGGUUAUUAGUAGGUUGUAAAGAAGUCAUAAGUACACAGAAGGCUGAGUAGGAUAAGACAGUCAUAAUGAGGCAUUAGGAAGAUUACUGGGAUGUGCAGGAAGUCAUAAAUUACAAUAAAAAGAAUAAACUGAAUAAAAGUCAUUAUAAGACACAAGGAUACUGACCGGAAUAAGAGGUUAUGAUAAAGCAUCAGGAGGAUGAUGGGUGCCAUAAUGAGGCACUGAGGGGAUGAAUGGGAUUCGUAGACAAGGGAGGUGAUUGUAAGAGGGUCAUAAUGUCUGAUAAGGAGAAUGAGUGGGAUGUUAAGGGGGUACCAAGAUUAAUAAAACAAUAGAAAAUGAAGGGGUUGAGGAAGAUGAGUGGAAUUAACAGUGUUUAUGAAUAAGAAAUGAGAACUAUAGGGCAUUAAGAAGGGAUGAAUUAGAUCAACUGAGAGGGUGGAGAUGGAUGAGUGGAAACAAGGGUGUAUAGAGGGAUGAGGAUAAAUGAUAGGGACUAAGUGGUAGAAGGUUGAAGAAUGAGGGCAAAUAGGAGUAGUAAGAUGAGAAGGGCUAUUAAUAAAGAGCAUUGGUGGGAUGAGAAGUAGGCUAUUAGUGGGAGAAAAUGGGGUUGUAGCGGGUGAUUGGGAGGGCAAGUGGAAUGUAAAGGCGUCAUAAUGUGGAAUUUGUAGGUUGGAGAUUAAAGGGUUAAUAUUAAAGGGUGAGGAAUAUGAGUGGCAGGAUGGGCCGGGUGAGAAGAGGGAGUGGAUUUAAUAUCAUGAGACAGGCAUUGGCAAAAAGGCUAACCAUCUGAAAAGAAGGCUAACCAGGUCAUUCAAUGGGUUGUGGAAGUGUUGUCCUGCUGCUGAAUCUUAGUUAACGCAUUAUCUUUCAUCUAGGAAGCUGGUAACUCCUUUUAAAAAUGUAAGUAUUUGCCUGCAUAUUUCAUUUAAGGACCUUUCUUCUCUUGCCCUGCCUCUUUUAAACUUCAACGAUGUUAAAACUUUAAACCAUUGUCUGGAUUUGACACAUGGUUGUGUUAAAUUAUUAAGACUUGUUGAAACAACUCAGAUCGCCGUGGCUCGCUGACCUUCCUUGGCAUGCCCUCUGACACACUACAGUAUGUAGUUAGACUAUAAUGGAUGUUGUGGUGCUGUUAGGCAGUGCAAAGCUGCAUAUAUGCUAUAGAAAUGGCUUAUUUGUUUGCAUAGUAUUUUUUCCUUCAAUUAAGUGACUUAGAAAUUUGCAUAAAUUACUGUCCUCCAAUGUCUUUUAGACAUCUGGGUAGCUUUAGCUAGCUUGACAGGAUGCAAGACCUUUUGCUGUAGUUAUGCACACAAACCUUUUUUCCUUAAAUUGUCAUAUAGACCAAUAAGUUUUAGUGCUUAUACCGUAUUUAGAUAUUUGCGUAUUUCUAAUGUAUUCUAUGUCAUGUAUUAUAUUGAGAAAUCUUCCAGCAGAGGCUUUGGGUUGAAGCCAGUAUUUUUUUGAUCCUUUAUAUUACAUCAUUGUGAGCCUGAUUAAAUUCCUGUCAUUUAUUAUAAAAAAUUCAUUGUAAUUUGUAUGCCACUAUGCGAGCUGGAAUGUUUUGCAGUAACAUCUUUCUGGAAGUUCAUAUAAUCUGCCUUAUCGGAGAAAACUCUGUAAUAAUAAAAACUUUAUAAAUA